AUGGUGUGUUUUGUUCAUGAUCGUCAUUUUGUUUCUCAAUUUCAUGCUGCUAUCAAUAAACUACGACAAACCAACGAAUUUACAGUCUUAACAUUACGACAGCUUCCAAAACGAUGUUGUUCAUGUCCUGACAAAAGAAAAAAUGAAGUACUACAAACAACAGAAUCACUUUUAACGUCAAUGGAUCUUGAUCAAUUGCGACUUCUUUGUCUUCAACUUGAUUUAAAACAUUAUGUUAAAACAAAUGUUUCAUCAUCACCGUCAAAAAUUGUUAAUUAUGCAGUUUUACCUUUUCCAACUUUAUUAGAUUCACAAACGGAAGCUACCAUAUCAAAUCAAUUUAUUAUUCGGCAACGAAAACAACUAAGUACUUUACAGAAAAUUCUUCAUUUUGAUGUUCAAUUUGUGACAUCAAACACAUCGAAAAAAUUAUUAAGUGAAGUCGUCCAAUUAAAAUAUGAAUUAGUAGCUCAAUGCUCAAAUUACUUAGAAGCCAUUCAAGCCAUUAAUGGUCUUUGGACUAUUAUUUCAAUAGAAGAUCAAUCACAUAUUGAUAUUGUGAAACAUGUGCUUCAGCGACAGUGGAUACUAUUCAUAAAAAACACUGCCAUAUAUUCUACAAGUACUUCAUACAAUUGGCAAGGGAAUCUUACUUCAAAAGUUGCGAAGAACAAAUCUUCCAGUCUCGGAGCAUCUAAGAUCAAAUAUCAAAAGAUGUUGACGAAACAAGAGAAAAAACGAUCAAAACAUUUACAAAGAGUACAAUCUAUACCAACAAGUUUAGAAAUAUGUGAAGAAUCAGAAGAUGAAGACGAUGCCGUUAUUGAUUCUAUGUCUGAAGAAAUGACACUUAUAAACAAUCAACGGUUCACGUUCCUUUUCAACCGAUACGAAAACACUAAUAAAUGUAGACGACCACGCACUCACCGACGACAACACAUUUUGGCUUUGGCCAUGGCCGCUUAA